AUGACCUCUACCUCAACAGCUUCUCGCCUCUCCCUGACAGUCAUUCGUGCUUCCGACAUAAAAUGGGAUCCAACCAAUCACAGAAGACUGCCAAAUCUAUAUGUUCAGGCCGAAUUCAACAACGUUAAGAGACGUACCAGGACCGUCAAGAGAAAUCUAUCUCCUAGGUGGGAUGAAUCACUUUCAUUUGAUCUACCGCCUACAGGCCACGUGAGAAGGACAAAGUUUAACGUUCAAGUUCGGCAUGAUUCGUCAUGGAAGGACAAGUGUGUGGGCGAGAUCGAAGUGGAACUCUCUGACUUAUUAAGUAACUGCACUCAUGGCAAAGAAACGGAGCUUCGCCUUAAUAUGGCCCGCGAUGCAGCAUCGAUAGAAUGCACUGCAGUCCUUCACUUGCGUCUAGAAGCCGUGGACGCGAUGACAGGAGCUAGCCGUAACAUCGAUGAUGUUGAACAAGCAAUCCAAAACAGUGAUAUUCCGACUUCAGCGGUUGCUACCGAUUCGGCCCUUGUUACAUCAGUUGAUGCUGCCACGAAUUAUUUUCAAGGUCACGCUGAUUUGUACGACUCUGUGGGAACCCUCGUUUCGAAACUUGACGUGUUUGUCCGUGCCAUGGACGCGUUGUCACAAGUAAGCUUUCAAAAGCCUUUAAUUAUGUAG